AUGUGGCAAGUGCUAACGGGUUGUGUAGCGGUCACAGCUAAUCUUCGAAAACGUGGUAUAAGCUGUGAUCCCGUUUGUGGUUAUGAGGAGGAGACAAUAAAUCACACUCUUUUUGAGUGCCAUUCUGCACGACAGGUUUGGGCUUUGUCACUGUUUCCGACAGCCCAGGGUGUUUUCCCUUCGACUUCGGUCCUGACUAAUUUGGAUUUCUUCUUUUGGCGUUUCAAGGAUAUUCCUUCACAUGAGAUUUUUCCAUGGAUUUUGUGGUACAUUUGGAAGGCGCGAAAUGACAAACUAUUUAGUAAUUUGGAUUCCAAUCCGCUCGCAUUGUUGCGGUUGGCGGAGGACGAGGCUCAAGCCUGGUUUCUGGCUCAGGCGGAGGCCAUUGGCCCCGCGGUAGAUCCCAUCUUUGCGGGUCAACCCUCUGGGAAUGGAGGUUAUGGGGUUUCUAGGUCUUUGUCAAGUUAUCUAUGCUUUGUAGAUGGCUCAUGGAAGGAGACAGAUCAAUUUGCUGGGAGAGGAUGGUUCUGCAUUUCGCCAAGAGGAGAUGACCCUACCAUGGGAGCCGCCAACAUUCGCCGCAGCCUUUCACCUCUUCAUGCUGGGAUAGAAGCUUUCAUCUGGGCGAUGUGCUGCAUGAUAGGGGCGGACAACGAGUCUGUCAUUUUUCUUACCGACUGCUCCGAUCUGGUGAAGAUAGUGUCUUCGCCUGCUGAGUGGCCAGCUUUCACGCCUUAUUUGAAAGAUAUUCAGGCGGAUAUUGAGGAGUUUGCUACGUUUUCGUUAGUCUAUGUUCCUCGUUCUCAGAAUGGUAAAACGGAUAAUUUGGCACGACGUGUUCGUUCUAUUCCGCACUUAGUUACCUUUGUAAACAAUUUCCCUCCGCAUUGGUUCGUUUGA